CUUGACCCAGUAGCAGCCUGCAGCACGUGCACCGCCACAAGCGUGGAGAAUCCACAGUUCGCCACAAUCCGCCACAACUCGCCACAGUUCGCCACACUUUAUCCCACGAGCUAUCGAACCACUGGAGGGGGACGACAAUUGACGGCAUUUAGUGAUCGUCCCACAUCGUGCGUGCCACUCCUGGUGCCCACGACCCAAUUCUUCAAGACGACAUUCGUCCACUGCUGAAGCUCAAACAAAGUCCUCUCCACAAUGCUAGCAAGGCGAUCGCUCCUGGGAAAGUCCGGCUUUGUCUGCCGGAGCUGUGUCCGCCAGUACCGGUCUCAAUUGCGCCGGGCUUAUUCCACCUCCCAAGACAACAUCUAUGAUGUCGUCUGUGUUGGGGGAGGCCCAGCUGGCUUGAGUCUGCUCACGGCUCUCCGAGCCAACCCCAUUACUUCCGGUCUGCGAGUCGCCCUCAUCGAAGCUCAGGACCUCUCCAAGGUCUCGUCGUUUGCGCUUCCUCCAACCCAGUUCUCCAACCGUUGCAGCUCCCUCACCCCGGCAUCGGCCCAAUUCCUCGACACGAUCGGCGCAUGGAGUCAUAUGAAGCGGGAGCGCAUCCAGGACUACCACGAGAUGCAGGUUUGGGACGGUCUGACGGACGCGCGCAUCGAGUUCGACGGCCAGCCCAGCUCCGGCGCGGGCAAGACGCUUGCAUACAUGAUUGAGAACCUAAACCUGACCUCGGGCCUUCUCAAGAGACUCGAGGAGCUUGGCGGCGUGGACAUUUUCGACAAGACAAAGGUGGAAAACAUCGACCUCGGCAAGGAGACGGAGGAGUUGGAUCUCAGCGAGUGGCCCGUCGUUGAGCUCUCUGGCGGCCAAUCUCUGGCGGCACGCCUUCUCAUCGGCGCGGACGGAGCCAACAGCCCCGUGCGGGCCUUCUCCGGCAUUGGCAGCCGUGGUUGGGACUAUGGCCGACACGGCGUUGUGGCUACUCUGCAACUUGAAGGAGACGGGUGGGGUGGCGAGUACAACAAGAUCGCCUACCAGCGAUUCCUACCCACCGGCCCUAUCGCCAUGCUCCCCUUGCCGGGCAACCACGCCUCGCUGGUCUGGUCCACCACCCCGGAGAAGGCCGCGCUCCUGAAGAGCCUAUCUCCCAAGGACUUCAUCGCCAUGGUCAACGCCGCGUUCCGCCUGAGCGCUGUUGACAUUGGCUACCUGCACUCUGUUCCCGAAGGUCAGGAGGAGGAGCUCUCGUGGCGCACCCAGCACACGCAUAUCAACGCCGAGACCGUCCCCCAAGCCGUCGUUGGCGUCCAGGAGGGCACCAUCGCGUCGUUUCCUUUGAAGCUCCGCCACGCAGACACGUACAUCGGCGAGCGCGUUGCCCUGGUCGGCGAUGCUGCCCACACCAUCCACCCCCUCGCCGGUCAGGGUCUGAACCAAGGACAAGGCGAUGUCCAGAGCCUGGCCAAGACCAUUGAGUAUGCCGUUUCCCACGGCCAAGACCUCGGAUCGACGCUGUCAUUGGAACCGUACUGCAGUGAGCGGUAUGCCGCCAACCAUGUCAUCCUCGGAGUCUGCGACAAGUUACACAAGCUCUACGCGGUGGAGAGCGGGCCCCUUAUCCCUCUGCGGUCGAUUGGACUCAAAGCAGUCAACGCCCUGACACCCCUGAAGAACUUUUUCAUGGAGCAGGCCUCUGGAAACGGCUCCAAGCUGUUGUAGAACUCUCAUGUACAUUUACUCUGUAAAACAUGUAAAUAAUCACUGAAGGAUCAGGCAGCCGAAAAGUUGAGACAAUUUCUUCAUUGCUACUUCACAACACACACACGUCACCUCUGCAUAGCCUCUCGCUUGAGCACACGACAUUUGUGGGAGUAUUUACCGUGGUCCCCCUAGUCAGCUAUGAUUACAAACAAAGGAAACCCAAUCUAAACUUCUUUGUUUUCCACAACUCUCUAUCGAUCGACCUCGCCUAGAUGGGGCGUUAGAAAUUACUUCAAAAUCAACAAAGGGAAUGCAUCACUUACCGAACACCAGAUCCAUAGUACCAAUAACCGCCACAGCAUCAGCCAACAAGUGACCCUUGGAGACGUGAUCAAAGCCACCCAAGUGAGCGAAUCCGGGA